AAUUAUGAAACUGAAAAUGCAUUUGAUGAUGCAAGCAAUGAAAUGAGCACAUAAAGAAUAGAAUCCCUAUGUCUUAGAAAUGUAGUAUUUAGAACUGGGCAUUAAGGCGUGUAAUACAACAAAAUGGGUAGGCCUAGGCGUGCCAAUCAUGGGUUAUUUAUAAAUGGUUUGAGAUGUGAUAUUCCAUCAGGCGAGCUAAAAGAAUUCCUUUUUGACUUGCUAGAUGACCUUAACAUUCCAAUAAAGAAAAGCUACAUAAAAAUUUUACCACAAAAGGACAAGAAAAUUGCAUUUGUGGAUUUGAUGAAUGAAGGAAACACUGCCGAGGCCUUGAAGCAUUUGGGCAGCGAAAAAAAAAGAAACCGUCUUGCUGUGGACUUUGAUUUUUAUGCAAAUGAUAAUGAUUUUUGCAUCAGGAGAAUCAAUCCAAACUACGGAGCGGAUUCAGAUAUCAGAUUUGGUAACAAUAAUAAUGGUUUGAAAGCAGAACAUGGCAGCAGCUCAAAUAUAUAUCAUGGCGUCUCAGCACAAAGCAUUCCAGAAAGCAACAGAGGAAAUGCGAGAUUGAUCACAAUAGAUAAAGGCAUUUCUGUCCAAAGUUUUGCUGCAAGACCCACAAACAAAGAUGUCAUGUUCAUGAAAGGAAAGCCUUUGGAUGCUGCUACUUCAGUUUCUGGCCUGAUGCCAGUUGUGCAAAGAAAAUUCUACCAUUACAAUGAGAUCCUUGGUAGUGAAACCAGAGUUGUGGAAUUCAAGGAAGGAAAAGGAAAUUACAAGAACAAAACUCUUGGCGAACAUGUGGGAAUGUAUGUUUGUGGGUUUGCGAACACUCAAGAAGGUGGUACUUUAUUUAUGGGUGUGACUGACAGGGGACAGGCUCAAGGGAUUACAUGUAAUCAUGCUGAAGAGGAUCAGAUAAGACUGAGAAUUGACGAGGCUGUUAAAUCUAUUGAACCACCCAUUCUUCCCAAUAUGUAUUCUGUUGCUUUUUCGCCAGUACUUUGCACUGGAACGUUUUCAGAUAAUCUAAAAGUAAUAGAAGUAUGUGUACAUCCUGGAGAGUCCCAUGAAGAACUGUAUGAAUUCCAAGGUAAAGUUUAUGUACGAAGAGAUGGAAGUGUACAGAACUUUAAACUGAAAGACAUUAAAGAAUGGGCCAGACAGAAAGCAGCCAAGGAACGUGCUCUGAGCAGUUCCAUUGAACAGCAACUAGACGUGGUCACACUCCAGCUACAAGAGAUUCAAACCCAUAUACAAAACAAUCCGCGCUCCAAAAAAAAGAAAUCUAAGACUUGUGCCAUCUUGUAAACUUGCUAAAACACCUAAAAUUAAAACCAUGUUCCCUUCUCAAUAAAUAAAUGGGACUCUAAUU